AUGAAUCAUCCAUACGCGGGUGCGUACACCAACAUGGCCCAGUCGUUCUCGGGCCUCACGAGCGGUGGCUUCAACGGCGCCGCGGCCCCCCAGUCGGUGCCCGACAACAAGCGGCCUCGAGUAUCGCCCGGGGACAAGGACAUGAGCGACGACGACGAUGACGACGACGACGAUGCCAGCGACGACGAAGCUUCCGCCAAGGCUGCGCUUGCAGCUGCUGCAGCCAAGCCCAACCGCAAGAUCGUGAAGGGGCCGGAUGGCAAGCCCAAGGUCAAGCUCACGCGUGGCUCGCGGGCGUGUAUUGCGUGUCGCAAGAUCAAGAUGCGAUGCAUUCCCGAUGAGUCUAGCGGUCCCAACGGUCCAUGCAAGCGAUGCAAGUCUGGCGGCCACGAGUGUAUCUUUGAGGAGUCCAACCGCGGCAAGAGAAGCACUCGCAAGAACGAGGCCCUUGCGGCAAAGAUCGCCAAAAUGGAGGCGGCUCUGAAGGGCAUCGGAGGAGCACUCAACACUCUGGACCCAAACUCGCUGAGCACGUUCUCGUCUGCGCUUCAUUCCACGACGUCGGACCCCGAAGUUCUUCAGCUGAUCACGGCCAACGCGUCGCCGGCGGCAGGCUCUGCGCCGUCCCUGAAUCGAUCGUUUUCCUUCCAGUACGCCAAUAGCGAUUCCCGUGGCGGCGAGGACACCACCGUCGCGCACCAACCGCCUCUUUCGCCCCGAUUGCAUUCCCUUCCGGACAACGUCCUUUCACCGCUGGGUCUCCUGGCCGAGGCGAGUCUGCAGAACACCGAUCAUGCGAAGAAGCAGCUUUCGCGCAACAACAACAAUGCGCCUCACAGGCCAUCCCCGCUGAGUCUGACCGCGGCGCUGAAUGCCGUCCGCAACGGCACCAACCAGCGGACCUUGCUCAGCGACGUGCGCGGCAGCGGAGAAGAUGGCGUCGGUGUCGCAUCCUCCAACUACUUCAAGGCCGGAGUGUCUGCCUUCCCGAGCACGCAGGACGAGCGUCUGCCAGAGCUGCUGUCGUUUGUAUCGCGUGAGGAGAUCGAUGAGCUUUUCGAGCACUUCUUCAACAACAUGGCGACGCAUGUGCCGCUUCUGCUGAAGGACUUCCACACUCCCGACCUCGUCUUGCAGCGGAGUCAGUUCCUGUGUACAGUCAUCUGCGCCAUCGCUGCACGAUACUACACGAAACGUCCCGAGCUGCACGCCGAGCUGUCCGUGUACGCCAAGCGUCUAGCUUUCGAGGUCCCCUCGCGAGGCUACAAGAGUGUGGAAGUCUGCCAAGCCUACCUCUUGUUCGAGCAGGACCGAACAUGGCUCAUGCUGGGUAUGGCCAUCCGCAUGGCGACCGACCUCAAUCUGCACCGCAAAUCCAUGAUGUCCAAUCUCGACACGACCGAGGGCCGCGAGCGCGACAUGGAGAUCCUCAACCGAGAGCGCUGCUGGCUGAUGUGCUUUGUUCUCGACCGCUCGGUGUCUGCCCAGAUGGGCAAGCCGUACACUCUGCGCGAGGACUACAUCAUCCGCAAUGCCUACUCACCACUUUGGCACAGCCAGCGGUUCUCGUCUCCGACGGAUCGGCCGCUGGCCGCCUACGUCGCCUUGCAGCAGAUCAUGAGCCGAGCAAUCGACACGAUCUACUCUUCGACGACAACGCCAUCGGACAUGCUCAUUGUGCGAUCGGCUCAUGAGGAGCUUCGGCGAUGGUUAUCCGUCUGGAGCGAGGGCUCCAACGUGAUCAUCGAGUACAAGUCCCGAGCGCAGUUCUACUUCAACUACUCGUCGCUUGUGCUCUACUCGUUCGGCCUUGAGAACGCCCUCGAGCGGUCCAAGAUGGACAUUUCCUACUUCCUGACGAAUGUGUACGAGGCGGCUUCUCGCGUCUGUGCGGUGGUCAAGGACAUGUUCCACCCCAAGGGCUACCUCCCGUAUCUUCCCGACACAAACUUUGUCAUGUGCAGCUACGCGCUGCUCUCGCUCCUGAAGCUGCUCAAGCCCGAGCUGCGGCCGUACCACGACCUGGAGGAGACCAUCUUCCGCACCGUGACAGAGGUGGCGGACAUUCUGGAGGAGUGCGCCGUGGACCCGUCACAUCAGCCUGCGAUCUACGCCGCGUUCAUCCGCGAGAUCGUCCGCCGGACGCGGGACCAGAAGCACGGGCGGACGUCGACGCAUCCGUCGCGCGCCGUGUCGCGCGCCGGCUCCCCCGCACCCAACGGCGGCACGGAGCACGUCUUCGACCCGAGCCUGCUCAGCGAGGGCCCGUGGCCGAACAGCGACCUGCUGCACAACGAGACCCAGUUUGCCUUCAUCCCGCAGGGCGGCGACAUGAUGAUCAUGCCGUCGGCCGCCGGUCCCUCGGAGUCGGUGCAGAACAGCCCGUCGGCGGCGCUGAACGCGUUCCAGACAUCGGGCACGCCGCAGGCGCCCAACGGGUGGGCAGAGUACCUCCCCACCUUCAUGACGGCGGACGCGUUCGAUGGCUGGGACGGCUCGAUGCUCUUACCCGGCUUUGGACGGGGGCAGAUGACGCUCGCGGGCGGGCUGCUGCACUCCCAGUUCGGGUCUGGCAUCAUCACGCCGCUGGGGCGCAGUCCGGCCGCGUCGCGCGCCGCCAGCCGGGCCGCGAGCCGCGCCCAGACGCCAACAAAAUAG